AUGGCCCGUGCGUUGCUUGGCCCUGGCGCUAAUCUUAUACACGAUGUCGAGGCCAGUGAGAUUAUCGAGAUCGUUAGCUCUUAUUUCGGGUUUAUUCUAGCGUUUUUACCCAAAUUCAUAUUUCUUGGAAGGCCGAGUUGCGGACUCGAACUACCCCCUUACGCCAUAGAACCCGCCAGAUUAGCUCUAGGAGCGGCUGGCCUCGCCGGCCUUUUCAAAAACGUGGUAGACUGUUUCGAAUAUAUUCAAAUCGGCCGGAAUUUUGGCACAGCAUUUCAAACGUCUAUCCUCAAUCUCGAUGUGGCAAGACUACGCCUGACUCGAUGGGGCGAAUUCGUAGGAUUAGCCCGCUGGGAUGGGUUACAAUCCUUGAAAGAAACGAAACUUUCGACUGAAUGCAUAGCAAAAGCGGAACUUCUUCUCGGGCAGAUAGAGGACCUCUUCGUGGAGGGAGAAGGGAUAUCGGAAAGAUACAAGCGGCGCUGCUCCUCCGAACAAAGCCUCGCUGCGUACGACCCCAAAACCGAUCUAGAUAAAACUCGGACACUUCUUCAUAAGAAGAUGCGCGAGUUCGAGCUCAAACGCCAGAGUAGUGCAAACCUGCGAGAGAAGGCUAAAUGGGCUCUAUACGAAGAGAAACGUUUCUCGCGACUGAUCGAGGACAUCACCGCUUUGACAAACGGCCUUAUCGAUUUGUUUCCCGCUGCUGAGCAGAUCCAGCGACAACCGUGCCUGGCCGAGGUAACCAAGCUUGAUUUCCAAAAUGAUAGCCUUCCGUUACUUCAGGAAGCCGCCGCGGACCAAGACAACCUCCUAAGUGAUGCUAUCUCGGAAGUCAGGAACUCUCAGCCCACGGGUUCCUACAACAUAUCACUUUCAGGAAAUCAGAACCAUGGUUUGCUUUUUGGGUAUAACACAGGCACCAUCAACUGGAGAUAA